AUGGCGCACGUAAAAGUACACACAUGGACACAAAUCGCGCGUAAUACGACGACGCCGCCGACGACGACGACGACGACGACGCGCGAACGUCCCGCGCGCCAAAGCUCGAUGGUUGCCCACGCGAAGACCACCGCGUUCGCCACCGGUGCCGCGCUCGCGCGGUCGACGCCGACGACGCGUCGCGCGAGGGCGACGGUGAUGACGCGCGCGAAGUAUGGUGAUGAGUCCGUGUACUUUGAUUUGUCCGACGUCGAGGCGACGACGGGGUCUUGGGACGUCUACGGCGUCGACUCCGCGAGCCGAUACCCGGAACAGCAGGCGGCGUUCUUCGAAGCCGCGGCGCAAGGCUUGGGCCGACGCGAGGCGGUGUACUCCGUCUUGGCCGUCUCUGCGGGUUUGUUGACCGUGGCGUACGGCGUGAAGGGUGCGAAGGACGCGAAGCUUCCGAUCACCGUGGGCCCGCAACAGCCGGCUCAAGUCGGCCCGCGCGACCGCAUCUAA